AUGGCUCUGGUCAGCUUCCUCAUCCUGACCUCCUUGUGGAUUGCGGGCCGAGAGGCCCUCACUCUAUCUGACUGUGGAGCUUACGCCAGACGCCCUGAAUACACUGACAUUGCCGUGGUUUGUGGCACGUCCACCAUCGACUUGGCUAUCCAGAUCUGUCCGGCCAUCUACACAGGGUACAACGAGAGUCUGCUGAUCCUCAACCGCAUGUUUUCCAAUCCGGACUGUCAGGGGACUCUGGACACCUCGGUGACGCCCCCUGUGGUGAAAUUCAGUUUUCCCAUCAGAGAGGGAAACGCCUGCGGGAGCAACUUCAUGACCACCAGCAGCCCAGGGACCGGGAUUUUCUCUGAGUUCUCCAACAUCCAGAAGGUCAAUAUCAGCGGAAUGAUUCGCUCUUUCGACCCCACCACUGGAACCAUCACGUACAACGCCGAGCUCAAGUAUUACUACUCCUGCGCGUACCCGCUGGAGUACCUGAUCAACAACACCCGGGUGGACGUGUCGUCCUCUUCCAUCGCUUUGAAGGACAACAAUGGGAGUUUCAUCAGCACCCUCAGCAUGACCUUGUACUCGGAUGUAAAUUACACCAGACCCCUCAUCAUGCCACCGCUGGGCAUUGAGUUGAGGAAAAUCGUCUACGUGCAGGUGGCGGCGUCCAACUUGACCUCGCAGUACUUUGUGCUCCUGGACCGGUGCUACGCCUCGGUGUCGCCGCUGCCCUUCAACUCUACCUCCUUUAAUCUGUUUGUCGCGUGCUCCCUUGACCAGAUGACCACCAUGGUGGAGAACGGCGACAGCCAGGUGGCUCGCUUCUACUUCCCAGUCUUCCGCUUCAUCGAGCAAGAGAACGAGACGGUGUCUACCUACUACCUGCACUGCAUCACACGACUGUGUGAGCAAAGCACCUGCAGCACCUUUAAGCAAUGCAACAGGAAGAAGAGGAGCAUCGAGACCACUGUGGUGCAGGACAGCAUCACAAGGCCCUCGGUGCUCACGUUGGCCAUUAAAGCCCAAGCAGAGAACACCGUCCAAACUAAAGAGGAAGCGCUGUCUGGUGGCCGGUCUGAUGGCAGGGGGGCGUCCGUGGGCCUGGGGAUCGCCGUGGCCGUCCUCACUGUGAUGGGCGCGACGGCCGCCUUCAUGGCCGCCUCCUUCUAUCGGAAGCUGAAGCGGCUGAGCUAG